AUGUUAUUCGUCGUAUUCUUCACAUUGUUGCCCUUAGGAAGUGAUGCCAAUCAGAUAGUGAUGAUUCCCCAUCACCAACCACACAUCGAAAAAGAAGGUGAUAAUCUCAAUUUAACUUGCAUCUACCGGUUCAACAGCGACGAAGAGAAAACGUCAGCCAACAUUACGUGGAUACUGCCCCUUACCAGGAAGUGCCCAACGGAAAGACGUUUGGAUUACGAAGUCGAGAGGAAUACAACUCACUUGACAUCGACGGUGACAUUGACACAGACCAAGCCCACCGACACGGGAUAUUAUCGAUGCGUUGUACGCCCCGAAAUUCAAAUCGCCCACUACGUUUACUUUUACAAUGGAUGGCCACUAGUUUUCACGGAGACGGAAAACUUGUUUAACAAGUUAGAUCAUCUCGAAUCCUACAUUUACGUUUACGGUUUUAAGCUAGUUUUCACGGAGACGAAAGACUUGUUUAACAAAUUGGCUCCUCUCGAAUUUGACACAUAUAUGACGUUUGCGGGUGAACCUCUCGACAUCCCGUGCAGACCAACCCACCCAAAUGUCACCGUUUCACUCUACCGCGAAACGCUUACGCCAAACGAUGAACUGAAAUGGAACUUGAUUGAAUUGUCACGUGACUUGGGAAACGCCAGUUGGUUGCUGAAACCUUUGCCAGAACGUGGACUGAGGUUAACCAAUAUGACACUAAGUGACAUAGGAAAAUACAAGUGUGUAGGCACCGAGUCGGUACGACCAACUGCUGGACCCACCACAAUCCAUUUCAGGAUUUCCAUCAACAGAAUGGAACUCGUUAGGGUUGGUGAUCCAAUCGAAGGCAACAACGUGACACUCAUCUGUAAAACCUUCUGCGAAAGUGAUCGCAAUACGGUGGAAUUUUGGAAAAACGAUUGGUUUUACUUCAACAAGAACACCGGCCAAAAACAAUGGAUCGAUCGAAGUAACCUUCGUAAAGGAUUUCUACUAGAAAAAAAACGGUUCUCUAUGAUAUCAGGCAACUCUCUCGAUGGAAUAUUCCCGUACGGUUUGUACGAAAGUCGUUUGCAUCUGCAAAGAAUUGGCUUCAAUACGCACACGCACUUUGAAUGCAGAGCCUAUGCCAGCGGUCGAAACAUUGCCCAAUCCAUUACUUUAACCGUUCAAGAAAGCAUGGAUCCAGUGGAUGUCAAACUGGGAAAAGGAAUAGCUCAAAAUUUGACUUGCAAACGCUUAAGUGAUGACGUCCACAUCCAAUGGUUCAAGGAUGACGAGGAAUAUAAGGGAUUAAUCUAUACGAACGAUACUUCAUCAAUUUUAUCAUUCAACAAAAGUCAUGAACAAAACGGACGUUAUUCUUGUCGCUGGAACAACAGCCAAGGGGAACAGAAAUUUCGAAAUUUCUAUUUCCCUGACGAACUUGAAUCUAAUGGUACUGUCAUUGCUGUCUGCAUAUCUGUCGUGACGGUAAUUAUAGCUGCAAUGGCAAUCAAGCAAUACGUGGACAAGCAGAGAAAUCUGGAAAAAGAAAUUCAGGGAAGAUUAGAUGGAAAUCCUGAUGGCAUCGAUCCAAAUUUGCCGAUCGAUUAUCAAACUGAAUUUCUUCCUUACGACAAACGCUGUGAAUUUUCAAAACAUCGCCUCAGACUCGGAAAACAACUGGGAAAAGGAGUUUGUUUCGGAGAAGUCUACAAAUCCGAAGCUGUUGGGCUCAAAGGAUCGGAUGAACAUGUAACGACCGUGGCCGUCAAAAAGAUCCUAUCGACAUCGCAAUUUCAAAUGAAAUCAAACACUGCCGCAUUAGACGCUCUUAUUGGAGAAUUGAAAAUUCUCAAUUAUUUGGGAUCGCAUUUAAAUGUCGUCAAUUUACUGGGGGCUUGUACUAAAGACAUCAUCAAAGGCGAACUCUUGGUGAUUAUCGAUUAUUGCCCCUUUGGCAAUUUGCAAUCCUAUUUGAUUAAAGAACGCAACACAUUUGUAAACCAAUUGGAUGAGAUUGGUGACCUUCAACUGUUAAAUGAAUCGUUGGAAAUUAACGAGACUCACAGUCAGGACGGUGACUCUAGUGCAAAGCCUGGACCCUCAAGUCAUUCUGUAGCUCAAGUAACAUCGACCAGCGACGAUUCAAUUUUUGUCGCUAAAGAUGAUUGCCAUCAAGAAACGGAAGUCAAUUGGAAAUAUGGAGAAAAUUCAGACGCUAUUACCACUGGACCCAUUUCUACGUGGAAUUUAAUUAGCUUUUCUUUACAAAUCGCCAAGGGGAUGGAAUUCAUUGCUAGCAAAAAGGUUCUCCAUGGCGAUUUAGCGUCUCGCAAUGUCCUUUUAGCCGAUCAUGGAAUUGUCAAAAUUGCAGAUUUUGGAAUGGCCAGACAAAUGAAAAAUUACAUUUACGAAAUGAAGGGACAGGGAUUACUACCAAUUAAAUGGAUGGCUAUUGAAUCACUGGCGGAUCACGUAUUUUCCAGUAAGUCCGAUGUCUGGUCUUACGGCAUUGUUCUAUGGGAAAUCUUUGCCCUGGGAAAAAUUGCUUACCCAGGUAUGAACGGCCUUAUACUCGUCAAAAAUAUUCAAGAAGGACUACGAAUGGAUAAACCAGAUUACGCGCCAAAUUUCUUUGGAGAAAUGAUGAAAAGUUGUUGGAACAAAGAACGAAACGAACGACUAACGUUUCAUCAUCUGGCCAACACGAUCGAGAAGUACAUGGAGCCAUUCGUUAGCUCUGGCUACUUGGAUACAACUUUCAUGAAAAAUAAUGCCAACUAAGACGUUGAUGACUCUUCCCUCGGAAUGA